AUGGCUUUUACAGGGAAAUAUGUGCUAGAGAGCCAGGAGAACUACGAGGAAUUCUUGAAGGCUCUUGGAAUUGAAGACCCCAAAGACACCAAUAAUGAUGAAAUUAUAACAGAUAUCUAUCAGAACGAUGACUUCAGGUUGACUAAAUUUCUGAUGGACAAGACCUGGAACAACACAUUCUCCAUUGGGCAGGAGAGUGAACUGGAAACUAUGGAUGGCGAGACAUUCAAGACCACUGUCACUUUGGAUGGGGGUAAACUCAAGAUUCAGUUCCCCAAAUACAUUUACACUGCUGAAGUGGCUGGUGACAAGCUUAUUGAGGUCAACACCAUCGGUGCUGUAACUAACAAGAUGAUUAGUAAGAAGACAAAAUGA